AGUAGGAAGCAAAAGGGGGUUGGGCGCAUGUUCAUUGAAAUUACUGGUAGAACAGUGCAGCAGGCUAUUUCGCGCCCAAGAAACUGCGUCUCAACAGGUGAACUUCUAGACAGGCCUGACAGUAGAGAUGUCCAAAGCGCCAGAUUGCCCCGCAAGGACCCGCUCCAGAUCAAAGUCCCGGUCCAGAUCUAGGUCUUGCACACGGUCUCGCUCCAGAAGCCGCUCCAGAUCCAGGAAGCACCGAUACAGUUCUAGGUCGCGUUCCCGCUCCAGAUCUCACUCUCCGUCCCACGGCAGGAACUAUCCCACCAGAGACUACCAGAACAACCGGGGUUACCAGAGGGGCUACAACCGUGGCUUCCGCAGACCCUUUUACUUCCGCGGUAGAACCCGGGGCUUCUACCCUCGCCAUGGUUACCAGAGAGGAGGGAACAACUACGGCUACAGAGCCAACAACUGGCAGGGGGGUGGCUACCGGGACGAGCCUCCCCACGACCAGGACCACCACGGUCCUCACAGCCCCAGGAGAGGGAGGUCUCGGUCCCGCACACCCCGGAAACGCUCCGACAGCCGCAACCACUCCCGGUCUCGAUACUCUGACCGUUCAUCCUCCAGGGGUUCCCGGCAGUCCCGGCGGCGCCACAGCUCCUCUUCCCGCUCCUCGUCCCCGCGGCGUCGUCGCAGCAGCCCCAGCUCCGGGAAGCCUGGCGCUAAAGACGUACAGGCCAGGACUAUGCCAGCAGAGGCCAAGGAGGAGAGGGGGGAGGUUGGGGAGCAGGCAGGAGGACCAGGGGGAGAGGGCAGCAGCCAUGAUAAGGCCUCUGCUGGGAAAUGGCAGGGUCUGAGUGACUAUAACACCAGCCCCAAACGCAGCAGUCCGGCUGUUGGUGCCAAACAGGGGAAGUCGGACCCCAAAGGGUCGUUGUGUAGAACCAUGGGCAGCACUGGCAGUGUUACCUCUACCAAGAGCCCACCAGGCCCCACCAAGGCCGGGCCGACCGCCUCCGCCAGCGGGUUUGGCUUCUUUGGCAAGGAGGAUCCCACCAGGGCAGAUACGACUGCUAUUUCCUCUGCUUUCAAAAAGUUCUUGGCAGAAAACAAGAGCAAAAAGCAGCAGCAGGCGGCAGAGUGGGCGAAUGGCCAGGACGGAGACAGCAGAGAGAAAGGGAACAACCUCUUCAACAUAACAUCCGCCUCCUUCAGCGCCAAGGCCGAUAAGUCCCUGCCCUUCCUAGACCGAGCCGAAGAGGCAUUCCUCAAGUCUCAGGCUGCUGAGAGAGAGCGGGAGGAGGAGGCCAAGCCCGAAGGAGCCACCCUGACGACACGGGACGUGUUUGGGAAGUGGGAAGACGAGCCCCAUUACUACCCCCCGGGGAAGGACGAGGAGAGACUGAGAGACACGGCCGACAACGCGGAGGAAGACCUGGAGCUCAUGGAGGAGGAGCUCUACCGCAGCCGCAAGCAGACCUCCAAGAAAGAAGAGAAGAAGAAGAAGACGGAAAAGAGAAGUAAGCGGUUUCCAUCUCCCGUCACCGCAGCAGUGCCCCCUGGGGUUUCAGGCAGCGGGGAGAAGGACAGGCCCCUGGCCCUGUUCCCCGUCACUAGGUUGGAGUCACCCCUACCCAGGCCCUCUGGGAAGAGGGAUGGCCUGGAGCUCAGUAUCAACACCUCUGAUGAAAUGCCCAGCUCCUCCGGAGGUCUGACCAAGGAGCGUGGCAUGUCCAGGGAUCUGGCGCAUCCCACUAAGAAAGAUCACGGACAGUUCCGCUCCAUCUUCCAACACAUACAGGCUGCUCAGCUCCGACGCAGCCCCUCCGAGCUGUUUGCGCAGCAUAUUGUCACCAUUGUGCACUACAUCAAAGCACAACACUUCCAAUCUUCAGGCAUGACUUUAAGUGAGCGAUUUGCCAUGUACCAAAGAAAAGCCGCUGAGAUGGAAUUGAUUAAACAAAGGAAGAGUCCAGAAAUCCACAGGAGAAUCGAUGUCUCCCCCAGUGCGUUUAAGAGACACUCUCACCUGCUGGAAGAGCUGGAGGAAUGCAGCUACAAGGAUCAGGGUAGAACGGCUAAAGGUGACCCAAUGGACCUGCGUCUGGAUAUAGAGCGCCGUAAAAGGUUUUCUGGGAAGGAGCCUGGGCUGCACCAAUGGGACGGGGGCAAGGGCUCCGGAGGCUCCCAGGGACCCAGCCAAGAGAGGUCAUCAGAGAAAUCUUCCAAACACCGCAAGAAAUCAAAAAAAACCAAGAAGAAUCGUGAUCGCUCUCCGUCCUCCUCCUCCUCUUCCUCCUCUCCCUCUCCUUUCAGAGGGUUCAGAGGUAAAGACCACACGAUGGAGCAUACGGACCAAGGCUACAGUAAGCCUCGCAUCGGGCCCCGGGACUACGGAGGCCCCAUAGAUAGGGGUCCCCCCCGGGAUUAUGAUGGCCCCAUCGAUAGGGGUCCCCCCCGGGAUUAUGAGGGCCACAUCGAUAGGGGUCCCCCCCGGGAUUAUGAGGGCCACAUCGAUAGGGGUCCUCCCCGGGAUUAUGAGGGCCACGUGGAUAGGGGCCGAGGACGUGGAAGUGGUGGAGGAUUUCUCCCCAGAGUCAGAGGAGGAAGGGGCUGGAACAGGGGCAGUUACCAAGGAAACAGCAGCAAUGGCAACCCUCCUCCUAAUAUGAACACCGCCCCCUCAGAGCGCCCCCCAGAUGAGGAGUGGGACCCAGAGUACACCCCCAAGAGUAGGAAAUACUACUUUCAUGAUGACCGUGAGGAUGAGAAGACGUGGCUGGAGAGCUGUGGCCGAGGAGCCUUCCCCCACAGCAGGGGUCGCUUCAUCUACCGCAAGGGCGGCAGCAGCCCCAACAAGUGGACUCAUGACAUGUUCCACACUGGGGAGGAGGGGGGCGAGCACAGGGAGGAGCACCACACCGAGAUGGACCAGAAAGACGACAACCAGGCCGCCGGAGAUCCCUCAGCUUCCUCCAAACUGUAGUAGAGACCAUUUGCGACCAA